UUACUUGCUACCUCGCUCUCUUACUCUAGUCUCUCUUGUUGUUUUUGGACCACAUCUAACUUUUGUUCCUCUGCCUGCAGUUACCCGGAUCACUCACUCCAGCUCGCCCACCUCGCUCUUCCCCCGGCUCCCUCAUCCACUACCUGCUACCCACCUUGUUCAAUAAACCCCUUUUUAUCCCUUCAACAUCGUCUCUGUCUGCUCUUGGGUUCAGCAUCGUCCACCAUAACACUAUGUCUCGCACCCAGUGCCUGUAGCACUUGGGAAAUCUUUGGGUUUACCACACUGGCCUCAAAACGUACCAGUGAGGAUAAGUCGUCUAUCCUAUCUCCCAGAACACGCACUCUAUCUACUGCAUCUGUGUCUUCAACACGAUUGUUCUCCACAUCAUCGGCCAAACAAACUUCGGAGCGUAUCAAUAAUCUCCUCCAUUGGUGACCAUGGACCUGACACAUACAAACGUUAUUUCUAUUUAUUUUUUUAAUACAUUUUAUUGACAAUUAGCAGCCAGGGGGUACAGAAAUGGCAGACAUAAAAUACAGACACAAAAAUACAAAAUGCAGCAUUAAAUUAAAUAAAAAUAUUAUAAAGAGCACACACACUAGGUGUUUUAAUAGCUUUCCCAUUUCUAGAACAUAGAAUAUCCCCCAUGUAUUGCCUUGUUUCAUUCUCAAACACAACAAAAAGCGGUUUCUGAUUCGAGUAUUUACAUUUAUGAAUAUGCCAUUUAGCUAAUAAAAUAAUAAGGUUUAUAAUAAAAUAUUGGUUUGCUUGACUAGAGGUGUAAUUGAAGAAAACAAACAAAUCAUGUUCAAUACAAAAACAGUACAUGUUCAAUACAAGACACAUACGAACGUGAACAAGGAAAUUACGAGCAAGUGACGUAGUUCACGCCCAGACACUGAUUGGCUGAUACGUUUGCCACUUUGCAAAUUUACUUUUUGGAAAACGUUUGGAUUACGUUUUGGAAAACGUUUUGCCAAAUCUUUUGCAAAGCCUUUUGCGGAUUGAAAUGUCAUUUGAAUAUCGCAACACACGCAGCGUGGCGAAGUGGAUUGCAAUCACGGGGACGCUAUAGCUAUUUGAGUAAAGCAACUCAAAGAAUUUGACGUAAUGUUAUUCUAUUUUUAUUGUAAUAACUUUAGCAAAUUUAAUUGAUUUUUGUAUUGUUUUGAUAUAGCAGAGCCGACUCCUGAGAGCAGACGUAGGACUAUCUGAAGCUGCAUUGUCCCUUUGCAUAUUAAAAUUCACUUUGAAAAACGUAUUUACAAAUUACAUUAUAAAAUUGCAUAAUGAAUUGCCAAUUGCAUUGCCAUUUGAAUUUUGCUACAUAUACGCUUCCAUAGUUGUCUUCUUUUAAGCAGUCAAGUCAAGUGCACCACAUCAGUUUGUUUAUUUAAAAAAACAUUUCUGACUGCAAACAUGGAAGAUAAUGAUUCAAUAGCCAAACUCAGACAUUUCUCAAAACUGGACUUUCAAUCCAAAAAGGAGAUAAUAAAUGAUGGAAGACCAAUGCCGGAGCUUAACGGGUUGCUUCAAACGACGGGACAGAAAGUAACGCGGUCUUUUCAAACAGAGUGGUACCGCCGAAAAGACUGGCUUUGUGGCUGUGCUGUGGGGUAAGGACUCAAUACAGUCAAUAUCGGUUGAAGAUGCCAAAAUAAACAACUCAAAUUGAACCAUGUUCAAAUGCAAUGUUUUAUCCUAACAUCCACUGUCUCCAUUCCUUCGCCAGGACAGAAGGCUACAAUGACAUCAGGCAACAUGAGCAGCGAUGAAGAGAGGAGUAUGAGAGAGUGCGAGCAGUACGUGCAGAAACACAACAUCCAGCAGCUGCUGAAGGACUGCAUCGUCCAGCUGUGCACCUCGCGGCCAGACCGGCCAAUGGCUUUCCUCAAAGAGUACUUUGACAAACUGGAAAAGGAGGAGAGCAUGCAGAUGCUGCUGCAGCAGAAGGCCUCGGGCUCCCGCUCGGACUCCCGCUCGGAGGAGGUCCCCCCCAUGAACCCCGUGGUGCGGGGGCGCCGCCGCCGCGGGGCCAUCAGCGUCGAGGUGUACAACGAGGAGGACGCCGCCUCCUACGUCAGAAAGUCACACCUGAUCGUGACUAAACCUUUCAUCAAUGGAGAGACUGUAGUCGUGUUUGACUGA